AUGAGUAGAGGUGAUGGAGGACAACAAGGACCCUGGCAACCGGGUCCACCUCAAGAAGGUUGGAAUUCAGGUGGUUCACACACAAAAGGGAGAGAUGUUCCCUUGGGUGGAUGGGAUGACGAAGUGAAUAAUCCUUGGGGAGGAUAUCCUGAAGAUACAUCAAGAUGGAAGCUCGAGGAUUCGAUUCCGGGAAUGCCUGGAAAGAGCUAUCCAAACUUAGACAAAAUUCCAGAAACCAGUUUUGACUGCCGAAGGCAAAAGAGUCCAGGUUACUACGGUGAUGUUGAAUCCCAGUGUCAAGUCUUUCAUAUAUGUCAAGCUGGAGGAAGGCAAAACUCUUUCCUGUGUCCUGUAGGCACGAUAUUCAACCAGGAAACAUUUGUAUGCGAUUGGUGGUUCAACGUUAAUUGCGGUGAUACAGCUUCUCACUAUGACCGUAACUCAAAUCUUCAUCGAGGUUCAGACAUUGGUAUAGAUGGGUCAAAAAUUAUGCGAGUUCCAACUCAAAGUAACAAUAAAGGAUCUGAUCAGUCACCCCCAGUUGGCAUCCCAGCUUGGGAUCAAGGCAAUGAAGGAUCCUGGGGAAUGAAAGGACAGAUGAAUCAAAACAGGCCCCAAGAUUCGUGGUCAAGCUCUGGAGGGCUACGGAAUAACAAUAAGGGCACUAGAAGACAAAGUGAUGGUGGACGAAACAGGCAAAACAAGGGCACUUCUGGGUUGGGAAUGGGCACUGGAAUGAGACCGGGCACAGGAAUGAAUGCGUGGCCUGAAAGAGGUGACGGUCAUCAAGGUGGGCAACAAAAAGGUCAAAUGAUGGGCCCUAACCAAAUGGGACGAAGUGGGUGGGGUCAGCAGAGGAAUAAGGAAAACGUGCAAAGACCUAGUCAGAAAGGUAUGAAUCAACUCCAAAAUCAAAAUUGGGGUUCGAACCAGAAAGGGGAAACUCCCGGUCAAAAUCGUAAUAACCAAAGAAGAAUGGAUGCGAAUCAAAAUAUGAAAGGAGAUAUUCACAGACAGAGAAAACCAGAAACUAGAAACAGAAACGUAGGGGCUGGUCAAAUGGGCGCAAGGAAUUUAGGAAAUCAGAACAGAAGGAUGAAAGGAUCUUCUGGAAGGGGUGGUAUGAGCAAGGGAUCGAACAUGAAUAACUGGAGUAUGGGUUUACAGAACAUUCAAAAUCAAAACACCGAAUCUAAUAACAUGUGGAAUAAUAACAAUAACGCUAAUAUCCCCCCUCCUUCACUUCAAAUGAACAACCAAUGGCCAAAUAACGCUGAUAAUUUUGAUACCGUGAAUCAAAAUAACAUGCAGUUUAAAGGAGACAAUUCGAACUCGAACUGGAAUAAUAAUCAGUUGAACAGCAAUUUAGUUGACGGUGGUGGACAGCAGCAACAACAUAAUUCAUUUGAAAACGUUAAUAAUUUUGGAAUGCAAAGCAGUUUCAAUUAUGAUUACAAUUACAGUGAAAACAAUUGGUCUCAUAAAAAGAAAGAGGUGAGCAAUUAUCAGACGGGCGAUAACGAUUACGAUUAUAGUCAAUAAAAUGAAAACCAAGGUAGGAAGCUAAAGUUGAUAAUUUCUUUCUAUUACUGUGCUUAGGUAAUUUUAUAAACUUUUCUUUAUAUUGGAAAUGCUCUACAAGCUGUUCGGUGCGAGAAGUCCUGAUUUUAAAACUAAAUAUCUCUGAAACAAAAGAAAGAGAAAUGGACGAUAAAUAUUUAAUGAAUAUGUAGGAAGUAGUGUCGGUCGAUACCACUUUUUUAAUAACUUAUCAUCACUUACCACUUAUCUUUUUUAAUAUAUCAUCAUGAAAUAUGUAUAUUUUAUGUUGUACCGUGAUAUAUUUUAAAUGAACUAAUUUAAUACGUUUUUCUGUUGGAAAGUUACUUUUACCAAAAUGAAAUAGAUCAGAGAAGUAUAUCAGACUAACGAUAGUAUCAUUUUUGAAUUUUACCGUAAUCGUUAAUUGUUUGUGAUAUUAUUGAAGUAUUAGACCAGGGGUGGAUAAGCUCCUACCUAGUCGAGCCAUUUUUCAAAAUUUGAAAUUUUUUGCGAGCCGCAAUUAAAUACGCAUUUAAAAGGUAUGACAAAAAGGUAUUAAAAAUUUUU